AUGACGGAUUCCCCAACGCCAAAUGUGCAAAACGGCCAAUUUGAGUUCCUUCACCUUGUAGGCGUAGAUGUUACCUUUAAAGGUCGAUACCCGAAAUAUCCUGUUAAGCUCAAGCUCGAGGCGGCGAACGGGGAGCCUAAAUCAAAGGAGUUCGAAAGUGGGGAUGCCAUUCUGCGCUGGGAGCCUGGCUUUUACUUUACCCCGAAAGCGAACCUCGAAGUUUCAGUGAAAGAAUCCCAUACUAUCAGAUGGCGGACCAAGAAAGACUUCGCGUCUGUCCAAUUCGAACCUGCUGAUAUCAAACGUAAUGUUCUUGUUACGAAGGAAGACUCGGAUGGAUUGAUAUCCGUAAAGCUGACUUUUGUGCCGCCUGCCAAUGCCAGUGACGUGCUUUUGAAGGGAGCUGAAGAGGCCGCGGACCUACUAGAAAAAAAGCCGGUUGCACUAGAAAAACUCGGAAAAGCUCGCAAGUUUAUCGAGGUUGCAAAGAAUUUUAGUACAUUCAUAUCUCAGUUACAUCCGGCUGCAAGGGCUGCUGUCAUCGCCUUUGACAUAUUGUACGAGAGGCUGGAAAAACAAGAGCAACUUCAUGACGAUGCUUCCGAUCUCAUCGAAGAUAUGAACCUUUUUCUUCCCUUUACCGAGGUCGUCGAUCCUAGUACGCUAGCUAGUGAAUUAGCAAGGAGUGCAAUCGAGGACUUUCUGGACCUCUUCAAGGAUACGUGCGAGUUUAUAGUAACGUACUCCAGUAGUGGAAUAUUGGGGGACCUUAUUUCGUCCCAUCGAGGCAAAAUUGAACAACUCGAGAAGGAUUUCAGGAAAGUGAAAAGCAGAUACGACUGGAGUAUUAUGACAGACGUUUGGCGGGCAACCCUGAAGCUUGAGAAAUAUCACGACGAGGAGAUACUAAGGCUUCUCCAGGUUUCCUUCUCUGGACCUCCUGGAAAAGAAUACUUCAGAUCAGAUAGAUGUUGCUUGCCGGGCACCCGAUUGGACGUUCUUGAGCAGAUUGCACAAUGGGCAGAAUCUACUUCAAGCCAAAGUAUUUUCUGGCUCCAUGGUAUUGCGGGUUCUGGAAAGAGUGCUAUUGCCAACACAAUUGCACAAACGUUCGACGGUCAGCGACUCCUUGCGGGCUGCUUCUUCUGCAAGAGGGACGACCCCGAUUUAAGGAACACAGAAAAGGUCAUUCCGUCGCUGGCAUUCCACCUUGCCGCUUGGCACCAGCCUUAUUCGGCGAAGCUACUUGCUGUCCUGCAGAGCGAUGAAAAGAACAAGCUUGCGUCAAAAACUGUGCAGGAACAGUUUGAACUCCUUAUCCAGGGUCCUGCCUUGUCUCUGACUGGAGAUCAGCAAAUCGAGACACCUCGACCAUUGAUUAUCGUCAUCGAUGCUCUCGACGAAUGCGGGGAAAAUAGGAUGCAGAGACUUCACCUCACACGCGUUCUCGUGCGGCUUGCAAAUCUGGUUCCUUGGCUCAAGCUUCUGGUUACAAGUAGACCUUUGCACGAACUAGGUCAAGUUUUUGAGACCGCGAGCGAUACGUUGGAGAAAUUGCAUCUCAACCAAGCAGUAGACCCGACGCCGGAUAUUAUCCUGUAUUCGCAUUACAGAGCCGACGAAAUUGCUGAGGAAAACGCCCUAGAGCCGACUUGGCUCAGUGAUGAGCAGAUUGUCACCCUUGCACAAAGAGCCUGCGGAUUGUUUAUCUGGGCAACCACAGUCUUCAACUUCAUUCAAAAACACAUUGAUGUCGACCACGCCGUCACGGUCAUUUUCUCUUCCACGUCCAAUUCUGAGAAUCCUGAAGAGGCGUUGGAUGAGCUAUACAAGACAGUACUAAGAGAUGUUGCGAGUGGCUCGGCGAAUAAUCUGUGGCUGGUUAAAACCGUAACAGGCGUUAUCUUCUGCACUGCUAAGAACGUACCCCUCACUGUUGACGCGCUCCAUAGUCUCGCUCCCGAAGUAUCCGAAACACUUAUCAGUCGAAUCGUCGAACGGCUUCAAGCUGUCUUGUACAGGGAUGCAGAUCUGCAGAAUGCGGUUCGUGUCUGUCAUCCGUCGUUCCUUGACUUCAUGAGCCAGCAGACGCGGUCAGUAGAUUUCUGGACAAUGCCCGAGGAACUCGACAGCAAGGUUGCGACUCGCUGCCUACAGAUCAUGAGGGAAAACCUCCAGUUCAAUAUGUGCCAAUUAGAAACUUCAUACGUUGCAAAUGAGGAUAUUCCCGAUUUACAACGGAAAGUCGCUACAACGAUAUCUCGAGCUCUGAGCUACAGCUGUCUGAACUGGAUGAGCCAUUUCCAAGGAUCGGAUGUACCGAAGCAGGAAGAGCUUGUGAGGUUCAUUGAGGGCAUACUGCGUAGCGAUAUCGCAUUUUAUUGGAUUGAAGCAUUGAGCCUUCUGCAAGAGUUGAAGAAGGGUGUUCAGAUCCUAUCCCAGGCUAUUGUAACAUUUACCGAGUCACAGUUGAAAACAAUAGCAUUGGACCUGUUCCGCUUUGUCUCGGCAUUCUACGAUGCAAUCUCGACGUGCACACCUCAUCUGUACAUUUCCGCACUGGCCUGGCUUCCUCCAGAAUGUCUCCUUGCGCAAACGGCCAAAACAAGCUUCAUCACGCAAGAAGUCAUAGCAGAAGGGAAAAGUAUGCACUGGCCGAAAACUUUGCUUACAAUUCCAGAACGGGCAAUGGUUAGGGUUGUCACUUAUUCUUUAGAUGGACAGAACAUUGCGUGUGGGACCACAACGGGGACCAUCAGUAUUAGGGACGGACAGACAGGUGACGUUAAGGUUCCUCCGAUACGUGCACAUACCGGACAGACAACAUCUGUUGUAUUUUCCCCCGACGGAAAGCUUCUCGCUUCAAGUGGCCAAGAUCAAACAAUUCGGAUUUGGGAUGUUGAAUCUGGUAUGCCGGAUGGCGACGUCAUGGAGAUCGACACGGCCAUAAGUUCACUAGCGUUUUUACCCGAUGGGAAGCGCAUUAUUGCUGGUGCGAAUGAUAGAACCAUCCGGAUCUGGGACGUAGAAAAUCGCAAACAAGUUGGAGAGCCGAUUCAGGGAUAUUCGGUCGGCGACCACAUAGGUACCAUUAGGGACGUUGCGGUGUCACCGGAUGGAAGGUACUUCGCAUCUGCUUCAGAUGGGAAGGUCCUUCAAAUUUGGGACGCCAAGACAGGAGAAGCCGUAGGCAAACCUCUAGAGGGACAUACGAACUGGGUUGUUGCAGUCACUUUCUCCCCUGACGGCUCCUCCCUUGUCUCUGGAUCAUACGACCAUACAAUCCGUCGCUGGGACGUAGCCACUGGUAGACCUCUAGGAGAACCAUUCAGAGGCCAUACUGACUAUGUCAGUAGUGUUGCGGUGUCCCCGGACGGGAAACUGGUCGUUUCUUCAUCGCAUGAUAACACAGUCAGAAUAUGGGACUCGCAAACUGGGAAGCCUAUCGAUGCACCGCUUCGAAGCCAUACCGAUUGGGUGCUGUCCGUUGCAUUCUCACCGGAUGGGAAACAUUUUAUUUCUGGUUCGCAUGAUAGGACCCUCAGAAUUUGGGACAUCGAGUCAGGGGAACAGGGUGAGGAGUUGCUAGAGGGCAAGAUCACGUCUGUCGCAAUUUCACCAGAUGGGCGACACGUUGCCUCCGGAUCGACCGAGAAGAUCAUCCAGUUGUGGGAUACGGAGAACGGCAAAAUUGUCGGGAAGUUUGAAGGACAUACGCGAUGGGUCAACGCCAUUGCGUUCUCAAGUGACGGAAAGUAUCUCGUCUCCGGCUCGGAUGACACGACCGUCUGCAUUUGGGAUGCCGAAACAUCGAGCGUUCUCGUAAAGACACUUGACGGUCACUCAGGUUGGAUCACGUCUGUCACCUUUUCUCCGGACGACAAGAAAGUUGCCUCUGGUUCACAAGAUAAGUCCAUACGCGUUUGGGAUGUGGAUACUGGAAAGCUUCUACGAGAGCUACUUGAGGAUGGUGACGAUUGGGACGCGUGGGUAAGGUCCAUCGCGUUCUCUCCGGAUGGAACGCGGCUCGUUUCCGGCUUAGAAAAUUCCCUUGUCAAGGUCUGGAAUUUGGAAGACGGUAAUCCAGUCGGGGAGCCAUUCAGUGGCCACAAUAAUCAUGUAUACUCCGUCGCUUAUUCUCCGGAUGCGCAAUGCGUUGCCUCUUGUUCUUUUGAUGGAUCAAUUCGUAUCUGGAAUGUGGAGACUCGCACAUGUGAAAUACUAUUCGAUUACGAAGGGGAGCCUUCCCAAAUGCAGUCAAUUGCAUAUUCUCCUGAUGGUUCUCGUCUCGUUUCCGGUUCUGACGAAAAAGUCAUUCAGAUUUGGGAUACGGCAUCUGGCGAAGCAGUUGGAGAAUCUUAUAUUGGCCACACUGGGAAAGUUGUCUCAGUAGCGUACUCGCGUGAUGGAACAAAGGUCGUUUCUGGUUCGGACGACCGCACGAUUCGCGCCUGGAUAACGGAGCGCUUUGAGGACGACCGUGGUUCUAAUAUCGAUGGCGUACCCCCGAGAAAGGUGCCGGACGACGGAUGGAUCAGAACAAAUGCGGGAGAGCUCUUCUUGUGGGUACCGGUGCAGCACAGAAAAGGUAUCUGCGACAUGAGUUGCAUGUGUAUUCCGGCGGAUGCUCUCGAUCAUCCUGUACGCGUCACUUGGGACAAGCUCUGUCAUGGUACUUCCUGGACGAAUGUCAAAAAGAAGAGGUUCUGAAUACUCCAAUAUGGAUUCAUGGUUUGAUGGUGACCCUUAGCUAAUGCAUACCCUGUAUCGAAGGGAAACAAGUGCUCCUUUAAGUUUAGUAUGGUUGGCCAUGUACUUAUC